AUGCCAAACGAAGUCUCCUUGUUGAAGCCGCUCGGCUAUCAACGAAAGAGCUCAUGUGGCUAUUGCAAGAGUACCACCGGCAGCUCCGCCUAUUAUAUGUCAUGUGACAACCUAAGACUCGAUCACUACCAAGAAUUGAUGGAUAGGGGUUGGAGACGGUCGGGUUCACUGUACUACAAGCCUGAUCUGCUCCAUUCGUGCUGUCCACAAUACACCAUUCGGUAUCUCAAGGCGGCAGACUUCAAGCCCGGCAGAGAAAGCCGCCGGGCCAUCAAUAAAUGGAAUGACUUCGUGAUUGGCCUCGAGUACAAACGAAAGGCUGCCAUGCUGUGUCCUCGGAGCAGAGAGCAAAAACGUCGGACCAGAGAUAGAUUCGAUUUGUUGAGCGCUGUCCACCAGGCAGAAUCCAACAAUAUCAAACGACCUUUCGACAGAAAGACUGGGCAGCCCAUUGAACCGGCCCAUAAAUUUGAGGUCAAUCUUGAGGGCGACAGCUUUACGAAGGAAAAGUACGAUGUCUUCCUCAAGUAUCAAUUGCAGAUUCACAAAGAUCCAGCCUCGCGCUGGAAAGAGCAGGCCUUUACGCGAUUCCUCUGCAAAGGCCUUGAUCGCAAGAUCCUGAAGAUCAACGGCAAGACACUCAAGCUGGGUUCUUACCAUCAGUGCUAUCGCCUGGACGGGAAACUGGUUGCGGUCGGAGUCCUCGAUCUCCUGCCACAUGCCGUCAGCUCUGUAUACUUGUUCUAUGAUCCUGAGUAUCAGGACUGGGAUCUCGGGAAGAUAAGUGCUCUUCGUGAGAUUGCACUGGCCCUCGAGGGCCAUUACGAGUACUACUAUAUGGGCUAUUACAUCCACUCUUGUAUCAAGAUGCGGUACAAAGCCCGGUUCUCACCAAGUUACCUCCUCGAUCCCGAAAGCUUCGAAUGGAAUUUAUUCGAUGACAACAAUCGCCGCGAGCUUGACAAGCGUAAAUAUGUUUCCCUUUCGCGUGACCGCAAGUAUGGAGUAGCCCACGAAGAAAGCAACGACUCAGCAGCGUCGAGCACAGAAUUGUCAGUCUUUGAUGACGAGCAAGAUCUUGAGUUCGACGAAGCACCCAGUGACGAAGAGGAUGCAGAGAUCCCUGAAGGGUCACUAUUCGAUUACAACAUACCCGGCGUGCUUUCCAAGGAUGAGGUUCAACGUCUAGACCUGGACCAUUGGCGUUUGCUGGUAAGGAAUGCUUUCAUCGAGCUAGAGGAUCUCCGAGGCUGGGAGGACUGGACAAUCGACAACCCUGGCUCGAUAAAAGGCAUUGCCGCUGAGCUGAUCGCGGCUACUGGCCCAAAUCUCCUUCAAAACUCAGCACUUGACCUGUUUUGA